AUGCCAAGCGUCACGCACACGCGGCAGUGCGUGUGGCUGCUGGAUCCAAAGAACAGCAGCGAGCCCCGCGACCAAGAUGAGGAGCACCACCUGGACGCGGCGGCGUGCCUUUUCCUCGCCAUCGUGCCCUACGAGGGUGCCGCGCGACUGCUCGCCGCCCUGUGCUCCUGCCUCGUGCUGCUGUCACUCCUCGUGAACGGCGUCACGCUAUUCGGCCUCGAGCGCUCCCGCGAGCUGGCGUGGCAGCCGCGCUUUAACCUGCUGAAGAACCUGAUCCUCAGCGACCUCAUCCAGACCGCUCUGCUGGGCCCCCCCCUCAUCUACUCACUGAUGCACAGGCGCACCAUGGGCUUCAACCUGUGGUGCCACCUGCAGUACUUCUUGGGCACCACGACCAUCUCGUGCAGCCUGCUCACCAUCACGGGCAUGGCGCUCGAGCGCUAUCUGUACGUGUGCCAGGCGAUCCGCUACCUGUCGAUCCUGACGCUGCUGCGCCUGCGCCUGGCGCUCUCCAUGAUCUGGGUGGUGUCCGUGGGGCUGGGGAUCACGAGCGUGGUGCUGCUGGGGCUGGGCCACGAGCGCGAGGAUGCGACCCGCGGCUUCACCUCGGGUCUCGUGUGCGAGCCGGACACAAUGGAGAGGCAGAUGGGUUUCCCGCGCGCUUCUGCCGUGUUCCGGAAGCUAGUGGGCGCGCUGCUGCUGCUUAUCUGUAUCCUCGCGCACGGCUUCGCGUAUUUGCGCAUGUACCGGGACGCGCUCAACGCGGUGGUGCCCUUCAAAGCGGGGAACACGCGCGCGCGCAAGACGGUGCUGUUCUACUGCUGCAUGCUACUGUUCCAGCUGCUGCCCGUGCUGCUCAAGGUCACGUCGGACGUGCUGUGGGAGCUCGAGGGCACCGGUGCCGCCAUGCUGGAAAGAAACCCGCACGCGCCCUCCCUGUCCGCGGCGGUGCUGCACAUGUCACUGGUGGCCAUGACGCUCGUGCCGCCCUGCAUCAACCCGCUCGUGUACGGCAUGCGCAACAAGGAGGUGCGGCAGCUGCUGGCCCGGGCCACGUGCUGCUGCUGCAUGAGCAACGGUCCGGGACCGUUAGCAGCCGAUGACAGGCGGGCUCGCGCGAGGAGGAACGGAGGGAGGUCGCUGCUUGUGGGGCAGGGGGGGCUCGCGGUGGGGCAUCUCGUGCAGAACCUCCUGAACGGGGACCCUGUGGGGAGGGGGGCGGCGGCGGGAGGUCAAGAGCGCGAGGCACUCUGAACGUCCCGUGUGAGUUGGCACUGGAGGCAUUUUGCGCGUACUGAAAGGUCGUAGUCAUCAUCCUCAUCCUCAUCAUCAUCAUCAUCAUCAUCAUCAUCAUCAUCAUCCUCAUCAUCAUCAUCAUCAUCAUACUAAGUUUACAGUUCAGCGUCACACACGAAUCCAGGAAUUGUUUUUAUUUGUCAAAAAAAGGAAACGAACGAAACGGGGAGUAGGCCUAAUGUUUUCAGAAUUAAUCAACGGUCCUUCCCAAGGGGGAGACGAUGCAAAUAUAGGCGUGUAAAUAAGGAACGUGUUUACAUGGGUUUAGAUUCUUCAGGUUGUGUUAAUCAGGCAUUUACUUUGAUGCUGACAAGGACGAAGAUGUGACUACACUGAAUGCAGUCCAGGUCAUGUAAUAAAUAUAAAUAGAGAAUAAUAUAGAUUAUAUAGACAAAGCCAUCCUGACUUAUGAGUGCCGACCAAAACUGCCUAUUUUUUUCCGGAUAAAAUUAGCAUUUUUCUUUUUCAAUAACUGAUAACUUUAAUUAAAUGGACCUUUAACUCAACAAUUGACACCAAAAGCAGAAGAGGAGCGGCAGUUGAUGGAGAAUAUCGGCUCCAGAGUUCUCUGUGGGGUUCAGAUCCAAGAUGGCUGCCUGGGCCACGCCUUUACCUUCAAUCUAUUACCUACAGUGUUUUUAAUAAAGGACACACUCAAUGUUUUCUGAAAAUCAGGGAUGGAAAAGGCUGCUGUGUUAUCAUCUAUGAAUAGGCCCAUAUAUACUAUGAAAAAUAUAUGGUAUAGGCCUAUAUAUAUUUUACAAUGUUAAUGAGCUUUCAGAGAUGCCAAGGACAUAAUUAGCAAUUAUGUAAUUCUGAUCGCACUGAUCUGAAUGUGUGUGCUGUAUGACAUUAUUGUAAUGUACGAACAUAAUAUGUUCUUAAAAAGUGAUUGCUAUUUAAAUAAUAAUUGUCUUUUUGUAUGCAGUU